AUGUCGACGACAAUUGGCAGCCUGAAAGCGGUGGUGCUGAAGAGGGCUGGGAUAGUUGUCGGCGUCGGCGUGGGCGCCUACAUCCUCCGCCUCUUGUUUCGACGAUGGCUACUCGCAAUUCGAGCCGGUGCAGCGUGUCAAGAACCCUCAACAGAAGCCAUAACGACAUUUGUGAAGCAACCUCCGCUCGCCACUUUUCGCCCGCUCGACGAUGUCGCCAGCAGUAGCGAGCAUGAGGUGGCGCGCAGCUUGCAGUACUGCCAAGGGAUGGUCUCCGAAUUGACAAAGGCCAUCCAAUCAUUCGCCGGCCAAGAUCGCGAAAAGGACGAGCUGCUCAGAAGCAUCCUGGCCCGAGUCCGAAUUCUGGAGACCGAUCUGGCGCAGAUCGUGCCCAACGCUCCAGCCGGCUAUGCGUGCGAGGCCCUCUCCAUCGACAGCCACUUCCACGGCGUCACGCGCGGCCGGUCGGGCUCGCUGUCGGUGCUGUCGGAUGACUCGUUCAUGUCGGCGCUGGAGGACAUCAACGUUGCCGACCAGGAUUGGGAGAAGAAGUACGACGUCAACAAGAACGAGCUGAUUCUCUACCAGACUGGCCUGAAGUUGGCCAAGGACGGAAAGAUUCACAUCCGCCAGAAUCGGUUCGAGGACUGCCACUGCGACAGCCCGGACGACUUUGCCGCCAAGGUCUACUGCAUCCGGAAAGCGCUCAAGAUAGUGACGGCCGAUGAGCGAAAAGUGAUGAGGCUGGUGAGCGCGGGCCGUCAGCUGCUCGGCGAUCUGCUCAGCAGUUGCGGACAGGACCCGGCCGCGUUUUAUAGGGCCUACGACAAGAUGGUGACGUUCCUGGAGGACGAGGACAACUGCAAGGACGCCGAGGACGAGCUGAAAACGCGAAAUGUCCACGAAUUGGGGCUGUGGGACGUGCUGAUGGAUUUCGUGCUGCUCGACGCGUUCGACGAGCUCAAGAACCCUCCGUCAUCCGUCUAUUCGGUCACGCGGAAUAGCUGGCUCUCGGAAAGUAUGAAGUACUCCACGAUCUCGACCGUCAUUUGGAGUCUUCUGAAGGCGAAGCGACAACGGCUCGUCCAAUCGGCCGGCUUCAUCGCCCAUUUCUACGAUAUUUCGGAGACAGUCUCCCCGGCGCUGACCCUGGGACUGCUGGGCACAAAUCAAGAGCGAAAGGAGCUGUGCCACUACUUUAAAGAACAGAUCGCCCAACUCGUCUGCGAAAUCUUCAACGAGGAGCGCGUCCGUUUCGGCGACGAGGUCGAGCUGGCCGAGGAUAUUUGGACGGUGAUCGAGUCGCGCGCCGAGACGAUGGUGUCCCGGCUCUCGCAACGA